CAUGGCGGACAAAGCAGUCGAUUGAGCCCCGGCAAAAAUCAAAACUGUGUUUUAGUUAAUUGUGCGUUAACUACCAAAGAUGGCAACACGCAGUCUUACUGAGGUGUUCAUUCUGAUGAGAAACAAUGCGCUUCAAAGCCGCAAUAUGUUCUCCGAACAAAUGGCUGACGACAGAAUGGCUCUAGUGUCCAAUUGCCAGGUUGAUCCAGAACUUGGUAUAGCCAGCACCAAGGCCUCCAGACUGCCCCCAGAAUGGGUUGAUAAUGUGGAAGAAGUGCAAUAUGAGAUUUCACGAAUUAAACAAAAAAUGAAAGAACUAGCUACAUUACAUGACAAACACUUAAAUCGACCAACAUUAGAUGACAGCAUCCAGGAGGAACAUGCAAUAGAAAUACAGACUCAGGAGAUUACCCAGAUGUUUUCAAGGUGCCAAAGGAUUGUUCACCAGAUCAACUCUCGUAGCAGUCACAGUGGUACAAAGCAUGAGAAGCAGUUGUCUUCCAAUAUUCUCUCAUCAUUGAUCAGGACACUCCAAGAUAUGUCCACAAACUUUCGCAAAAGUCAGUCAGCCUAUCUGCGUAAAAUAAAAAGCAGAGAAGAAAGAUCUAGGGAAUUUUUUGACACAAAUUUAGGACCAGAUUCAGCAUUGAUGUCCGAGGAACAAGAUCUGAUGUUAGAGGAUGGUUUUGACAAGGGUUUCACAACCACACAGCUACAGAUGGUUGAUAAUAACUCGGUUGUGGUUAAACAGAGAGAGAAAGAAAUCACACAGGUUGUCCGGUCUAUACAGGAUCUGAAUGAAAUAUUCCGAGACCUCUCUCACAUGGUAGUGGAACAGGGUACAGUACUAGAUCGUAUAGACUAUAACGUAGAACAUGCCAGUGUACAGGUGGAGAAAGGACUUCAACAAUUACAAAAAGCUGAGAAGUACCAGAAGAAAAACCGCAAGAUGUUGUGUAUUGUGAUACUGGCUGUGUUAAUUAUUAUUCUCAUUAUCGUACUGAUCGGAGUGAAAAGCUAGCAUCCCUAGUCACACUAGUUCUUUAUUCUUAAUGGAGAAAUACUUGAUAAAAAUCCAUUCUAGGAUAUGUUUAGACUGUCAACAAAAAAUAUCCUAACUGUAUAUAACAAAUAUGUACUCAUUGUCUGUUUAUAGAGACUUACAAUGAAAUAAGUUUUCCUUGAAAUACUAGAAUAUAUUUUUAUCAAGUGUUAAUCUGGCAAUAUUGUGAUACUUUUAUGAGAACAAGGUCUUUUUAUUGGUAUAAAUCUCUACUCCUGGAACAUUCAUUGUUAAAUCAUAUUGUUAUAUUUAUGUGAUGAAUGCUGAACUGAUUAAGGUACUUUCAUUUUAAGAUUAUAAGAUUUAUUAUGCUGUAUUUUACUAAUUUUAACAAAAUCUGUUAUUAUACUAGUUUGAAUAUGUCAUACUUGUCAGUCAUAAAGAUUUUCAAGAGGGAAAGCUGGCUGCUGCAGAAUUACCUGUCUAAAAAGUACUUGCAGUAAAAAAUGAAUGUGUAAACCUACAUAGUUUAAGUUGCUAUAUGGAAUUAAUCAAUUGAAUAAGGAAAAGACAAGAUAUAAAGGGAAUUCUGAUUUCAGGUGUACAAAAUGUGCAGUUAGCAAGGUUAUUUGGUUUGAUGUCAGUUAGAAUAUAAUAAAAAUGUCAGAGUGCUAUCUUGUAAGAAAUACACUCACUUCAUUCAGAUUCAUUUUUUAGUAAACAAUCAUAUCAAAAUCUGUAUUUAUAAAACCAUUUUCAUGUUUCAAAUCUGAUUUAAUGCUGUCAGUCUUUUGAUAAGAUAAACUACUAGGGGAUAUUGGUAAUUAUAACUACAAGUUUGAUAUGGUAUCACAAAAUAUGAUGUAGAUGGAAUAUGUUUAAUUGUUUCCUGUAGUUUCAAGAUCUAUUGAUCUAUUUCAUCAUGUCUGUAGCAAAACACUAGGCUCUUGAAAUGCAAAAGUUAUAGUAAAAAUAUUCAGUCAUAGAAGUGAAAUGGUUUGCAAAAGGAAACCAUUUUAUUUUCAUUUUUUUUGUACAUUUUGAAGUAAAUACGGUAAUAACAAUUACAAAAUGGCCCUGAGCUAUAUGUGUUACAUCUGAUAAAAUCCACAAUCUCAAAAAUAUUAAAUAUGAUAUUAACAUACACAUGUACUUAAAUAAGGAAUUGAACAUUAGUGUUAGAUUUACCAUGUGUUAGAUUGAGCAUAAAUGUUAUUGAGCAUAAGUGUUAUUGAGCAUAAGUGUUAGAUUGAGCAUAAGUAUUAUUGAGCAUAAGUGUUAGAUGUAGCAUAUGUGUUAUUGAGCAUUGAAGUGUUAGAUUGAACAAAAGUGUUAAACUGAACAUAAGUGUUAGAUUUAGCAUAUGUGUUAGAUUGAGCAUAAAUGUAAUUGAGCAUAAGUGUUAUUGAGCAUAAGUGUUAUUGAGCAUAAGUGUUAUUGAGCAUAAGUGUUUUUGCAUGAGCACAAGUGUUAGAUUUACAUAUGUGUUAGAUUGAACAAAAGUGUUAAACUGAACGUAAGUGUUAGAUUGAGCAUGAGAAUGGUUUUACAAAGACAGCUGGAAAGGGGAGUGAUCAUAUAUAUCACCAACAGCAUAUUACAGCACAUUUAUAACAGUUACACAUAUUCAUCUUGGUGGUAAUAGUAAUAUUUCAGGGAGUAGAGAUAUUCUGGGGACAUAUUUAAUUGAAAUUAUGUUUGAAUGUGAAAGAAUGAAGUAUAUGUAGAGAAACUCUACAUGAAUUUUUAUACAUGGAGAAUGCAGUUAAUCAUUGUUUGAAAUUGUUUAAGAAUUGUGGUAUGUAUGGGAAUGUGUUUGGAUCAGCUUUGUACAAGCUGGUUUAGGGCAUGAUUACAAAAUCUACACAAACUGCCCUCCAAAAUUUCCUGGACACAAAAUAAAUAAACAAAUAAAUAAACUGAAGGCAGAUAAAAAAAUAUCCCACCUACCUUAAGCCAUGGGGAUGGUUAAGGGAGUGAAAUUGCAUUAUAUAAAGAUCAUUUAUACCUAGCCUUUAGCUUAUAUGUUUAAAUAUAAAAUAUUAGGAUAACAUAAGAAUUGCAAUAUCAAAUAUUGAAAUUUGCAACAGUUAUACUAAUUAAUAUUUAAUUUUAUCAUGUUUUUCAUCUGAAAAGUGUCGAGGAAUUUUGGAUGGUUGUGGGUAUUUCACUCUAAGCAUUGUUGCCUAGGUGAAACUACUGAAUUGCACACCUUGAUAUGUUUUCUACUUUUAAACACUUUCCAUGAAAAGAAGAUUGCUUACCAUAUAUCUUUUUAAGUUUCCCUAUUUAUUCAAUUUUUCAAAAGCUAUAUUAAUAAUACUUAUAUAAUAUAAGAACAUCUAUAUUGUAACUCUAGAUAAUAAUUACUAUAACAUGUGCUUUAUUAUAUCCAUUUUCAAAAUUCAGAAGCAACCUCGAAAAUGUUUGGGAUGUAGUAUGGUUCAGUGAAAGAAUUGUCAGUUGUUUCAGGUGAUAUGGAACUUGUCCUGAUGUUUUACUGCAUGGUACAGUGGGAUGUUACACAUGACUGAAUGUUAUUGAAUGUUUUUUGUCCGUGCUAAAUGUCGUUUUUUAUUUUUAACAUUUUCCAAAAAAAUUUGAAUUUCAAGUUGUGAUUGAAGUAGAAGUUUGUUUAUGCGAACAAACUGGUUUGUCAGUUUUCAAAUGUAAUAUUUCAAACAUAUAUCUUGAUGGACCUGCAAAUGUUAAUAUAGGAAGUCUUUGUCAAGGCUCGUCUGAAACAAUAUAAAAUCACCAGGUCUGUCUUUAUUUCAUAAAUGAACAACACCGGUCCAACUGGUCCCGCUACCACAAAAAUGAAAAUGGCAUAGGUGUUAAUAUGAAGAGGGCAGGUAAUCCAGUUGUUAUUGAACUGCCCAGAUUAAUUGAUAUUAUCGUUUGAUCUGAUCUAAUAUUUGUAUAUGUAUUUGGACUGUUAAGACAGAUGAUACCCCAGUCGCCAUAGUGACAGGAUAAACAAGCUAGGCAGAUGUUACUCCAUUUGCCCUCAAUUUUUUACCUCACAAUUGAUAUCACUGAAUUUGAACACAUAACACUUGUUUGGUGCAUAAAUUUUUGGACAAAUUUGUAAGAAAAAAAUUGUUACCAAACUGUUUUUGAAAUGAAAAGCUGGUAUUUUUUUUUAAGUUUAAUUUUUUAUUCUUUCCUGCAAAGAUUCAUUAAACAUGACAACUUUGACUUAAAUAACAAAUUUCUCCUAUAAACUUCAUGUUAUGUCCAAAUAUAUAUACAAAUGGCACCAGUGGCACAUUUACAAACCAGUGAAGACACUACUAUUAAACAUGUUACCUAUACGAGUAGAUAAGCCCACCCUUAUUGUGUAGCAAUCAAAUGGUCGGCCAAUGUAGACAGGUCUGGGGCUUUACCAGUUGUCAAGGGGAUGUAUGUAAUCUACGACAAAUGGUCGGCCAAUGUAGACAGACUUGGGGCUUUACCAGUUGUCAAGGGGAUGUAUGUAAUCUACGACAAAUGUUCGGCCAAUUUAGUGUGAUAUAUAUAUGAGGUUUAAAUAUAUCUUGUUUUGGAUAAACUGCUUCAAACUUAAGUGUCUGAACAUCUGAAAACAAACUGUAGACCUAUAAGUUUGGUGAACAGUUCCCAUAUUUUUCAAUUACAUCUAGUGAAUAUUUUAAUUCAGGAAAUUAAAGAACAUUAGAUUAAAACAUUAUUAUAUCAUACAUAUUUAUUAUAAAAACAACUGUUGAAUAUAUUCAUCAAAAAGAACUUUGUUACUUUAAUGUUAAGGUAAGAAUCAGACUCAUGAUCUCGGUGUUACUGCACCAGCAGUAAAAUUUGUGACAAAACUGCAAAAAAAAACAAAAAAACUUAACGAUAUGUGCCAUGUUGAACUUGAUGUAACAUCUACAGAUAAUACUAGUCAUUACAGUGGGAAGGUCACACUAUGUAGGGUGUAGAACACUUAGUGUAGAGGUCAGUAGUACAAUCAAUGGUUUGUAUUAAGUGUAGAGGUCAGUAGUACAAUCAAUGGUUUGUAUUAACAGAGGAACUUGUUGUUAAAUUUGUUUUAUUUAAAGUUGCAGAUAUUAGGAAAAUAAUUUCUGUUCCUGUGGGGAUGUUUAGUGUUUAUAAUUUGAAAUCUGGUAUUUUAACAUCUGGUUUGAAGAGAAUUACAUCAUUUUGAUUACAGAAAAUUUAGAACUAUGUACUUAGAAAGUAAAAACUUUGUGAUUUGUAUCAUGUUGAUAAUAAUGUGUGCCAUUCCGUAGAAGGCCUUGUCAUCACUGAAGCUAUGAACUCUAAAAUUUCAACAUUCCCAGCGUCUAAGAAUUUAUUGUCUUAUAUAUUUCUAUUUAAGAUAGUUCAUUCAUUCACCCAAAGUAAGAUUGUGAAAAAUAAAAAUCAUUCUUAAGGAUGAAACACCACCGACAAUUGAUAUAUGUUUGUCAAAAAGUGCAUAAAAUGCUACCAACGAUAUGGAAUAUAAUUAACACCAACAGAUUAAUUAUUAUAACAGCUUUCAUGGUAUGAAAAUAAACAGCUGUCUAUUCUUGUUUUCAAUUGAUCAUAGUUAAAUUUUCUCUGAUGUAAUUAACACCUUUUAAGCUAUCAGCUGUUUUGAUAAAGAAGCCAGGCUUCCAUUAGUUAAUACACAUUGAUAAGCUACCAUUCCAUGCAAUAUAUCAAUUAGAAAUCUCUAUGUUCUUGUUUGGUAUGGAUGUUGAUAAACAUUCCAGAUAUUUGGUGGAUGUGGAAUCAUUUUACCAAACUUUUCCAGAGUGGAUAGUGUGAUUUUUAACUUGAUAUGGAUUAUUUUUGGUGUAAAUGAAGUGCUGUGUAAUAUUCAUGGAUGAAAGUUCUGUUUACAUAAUACUGAAUUUAGUAUCUUGGAAAUAUUUCCCCCAUACAUUUUAUGUGUCAAUGUUAAAUUUUUACAAAAAGGCUAUUUCAGUAUUUUGAGAUUGAGACUCUUUCAUCAAUGUACAUUGUAGUGAAUAUUUCCUUUUUGCUCAAGAGUAUAUGUAAUUUGAUUUAUUUUCUUAUGACAAAGUAGAUAUUUGAAGUGCACAUAUUCUAGUCAUAAAUGAUGUACAAGCCAGUGGGAGGAGUCUACUGUUAGUGAUGGUGUCUUACUUUAUGUGUCUUUAGCAGACGAAAUGUAACUGUGUUACUGAAAAUACAAUUCAACUGGACAACAGGAAAAUUAUGAUUGUAUUACAGAGAGGUUGUAAUGAAAGGUCAGGUAUAGAUAUAUUGAGUUUAGGUUUACAAUACAAACAAAUACACUGUAUAUCAACUUUUCAUAUUUACAAUAUACAUUGAUAAACGUAGUGACAGGUCUUCAUGAUCGUAGGAAUCACUGUCACUCAAUCAGUAUACUGUAUAACUUUAUGACAAAUCAAGAUACAAUCAUUAACAUGUCAACACAUACAAUGUAUUUUUCCAGUUAUUUAAUAUGGAAACAAUACAGCUAGACUAUGUACAUUGAUGUUGUUAAUUUAUGUAAAAGGGAAAGAGAACAUGGUAUGAAGGCAAGGUUGGCCAAUGUCGAAUUUGUGUGCAGGAGUGUAACUUGAAUCUAUCAAUAUAUAAUAAGGGUACUGGGUCCAGUUAUUCAAUAGGUGAUUAGCUUAAUCACUUGAUUAGUGAAAAAUUCAUUUCUCAUUUCUUGCAAAACCUGUGAGUAUAUUGUCUUGAAAUUAUGCCAGUUGGAAGAGAACUGAGAAUUACAAAAUUUCAUAAAGUUUUGUCAAGCAAGUUCUACCAGAAAUGUUUAUGUCAGGAUUUGAAAAAUGUUGUUAAAAUGUGAUUAGUCUAAUCACCUUUUGAACAACUGGGCCCAGAAGGAUUUAGACUUGCUGAAACUUUUGUAAGCAUUCAUCACAACACAAGAAAAAUAUGGCCCGACUCUGAUGUUAACUAUAGGGCUUAAACAGUUAUAAUGUGAACAUAUACACUUGUAGAACUGUAACAGCAGUUUUAAAUUCCAGAAAUUACUGUAAACGUACAUACGGUACUUUUAGUGGUAAUUUUAGCGAUUUUUUUGCGCUGGGAGCUUUCCUCUAAAUUAUGAUUACACUAAUUGUAGUUUAUCUACAUUAGUUUCUAUGACAAUCAUUGUUAGUUCGCUAAUUCACCAUUCCACUAAUAUGUUUUAAUAUGGUUUUUCACUAAAAUUUGAGUGCAUCAAAUUAAGUACGUUUACAAUAAUUGAUAUGUUAAGUAUCUAAUUCCACUGGUACGUAUAUCUUAAAAGGGAAAGAAACUACUGAUACCAGGCUGUGUCAAGCUUUCUUAAUACUGUUAUAUACUUAAAGGUUACCACAAACAAUUAAGUAAAUACUAAGUUGUUGUAAUCUGGAAAAAAUCCUUUAUUUUCACCAUUUCCUUAAACUAGUGAAAUUUGGCACAGACAGAGUAUAUUACUACUGAUAUAUUAAUAAUAUGGUUCAUAUUUAUAUGUCUAACAUACUAUGUAUAUACAAUAUCAAAUUAAAUAUGAGGAAACAAAAUGAUAAUUAAAUGCCAAUACUGUA